CACACAUUGUCUGUUGAUCGCUGCUUAAACAACAAGUCAUCAUGAAAUUCCUGAUCAUUGCCGUUGCCUUCCUGGCCUGCGCUUUUGCCGAUGUCUCCGAGCUGGCCGAUCCUGGCUAUGAUUACGCACAGCCCGCCCCUCCAGCACCCGCACCUGUAGAGACCUACAUUCCCCCCGCACCACCUGCACUCCCAGUUCCAUCAGCGCCAAGGAACGAAUACAUUCCCCCAGCACCAGUUGCUGCCCCAGUUGAUGCCUACAUUCCACCCGCCGCCGAGGAGCAUGUGGUUGAGGAGAUCGAGCAGCCUGCUCAGGAUGGUUACCGUUACAAGACUGUGCGUCGUGUUGUCUACCGUCACCGCAACUAAAUGUAUUAAGAUGAUUGAUAAGGAGUCUUGUUUGUUUUUGUUAUCGUUGGACUCGUAAAGCAAAUAUAAAGUAAAGAAAACAUUUCAAAACCUUACUUUUAUCUUGUAGUUUCUUUGAUAUGCAUCAAAGGAUCUGAAGCAGGAUAAUUGAGA